CAAUGCUGGACAUCGGAUUUAAUUUUAACACAUAAAAAGGCAUUUUUUUCGCUCUUAAUAUGUUACCGCUCUUUGGGACCAUGCCGAACGGCGUCAGUUUGCCAAAUCAUCCGAAUUUCCUCAAUCAACUGGCCGCCGCCAUUUCGACGGCAGCCACAUCCUCGGCGAGCAACAGCAACAAUUCAGUGGUAGGUGCGACAGUGCCUACCGCCAAGCAGACGACCAACAAAAUGAUGAAGCUGCUGGGCACCACUCAGGGCAGUGCCCCCAUGGAUCUGGAGAACGAAAACGAGUUGGAUGGACACCCACAGGAUGUGUCGUCGACCACAGGCCUCAAGCCAUCGGUGGAUAAGCUAACGGCCUCAUCGUUGUCACUGCCCGAUGCCCAGCUCUAUCUGAAUGGGCUCAUGCACACUCCGCCGGGCUACUUGUACUUUCCGGCUGCUGCACAAACGCCCACUGGCGGCGGUGGGACAGUUGGCACGCCCACUGCUGGUGCGGCAGCAGCAGCGGCAGGCUCCAGCAGCGCCAAUGCUGCACAAAUGCUGAUGGACCCCACGGCCAUGAUGGCCGCUGCCAUGCAGCAAAUGCAGCAGAUCCACUAUGCCACAGUGGCGGGAAUGCCCACAGACGGGGGAGCAGGACUGGAUGCAGCUCUAGCAGCGGAUGGCUCGGCAGCGGCUGGCCUCAAGGAGGUGAUCAAGACUAAGAACUGCAUUUUGUUUCCACCCAAUCCCAAUGCGCCGCCGCCCACCAUUAGGGAACGACCGCCCGGAUGUCGAACUGUAUUCGUUGGCGGACUGCCGGAGAACAUCACCGAGGACGUGAUCCGAGAGAUCUUCGAGUCGUGCGGCGAGAUAACAACCUUGCGCAUGUCCAAGAAGAACUUCUGCCACAUACGCUACCGUCACGAGACGGCCAUUGAUCGGGCCAUCUAUCUAUCGGGCUACCGGCUGCGCAUCUCGGCAAUGAACGAGCCCCCCAACUUUGGACGCCUGCAUGUGGACUAUGCCCAGGCGCGGGACGAUCAGUACGACUACGAGUGCAAGCAGCGGCAGCUUCAGCGCGAGCAGCGGCAUCGCGAACGCAUGUCGCUGGAUCGAAUGCGUUCACAGUCGCCGCCGCCGAUACCCCACUACACGGAGCACGAGGCCACGGCCGUUGCCGAGCAACUGCGAAGCAAUGAGACCUUUGUGAAGGCCAUACAGACGAUCACCGCUUGGCUGGAGCGUGGCGAUUGCACCAAGCGGAAUGCCAAUGUCUUCUACUCGAUGAUCCAGAUCACGCACGCCCAUGUGAGGCAUCUGCAUACCGAUAAGCAGCAGCUGGAGGAGGAUUUGCGCAAGGCUCGCGAGUCCUACCGCAAGCAGAUGGGCACCAUGUCCACCCAAUUCACUCAGAUUGAAAAAGUGUUCAAUGCCGCUAGUCACAAGAAGGUUUGGGACCAUUUCACCAAAGCCCAAAGAAAAAACAUCGAUCAAUGGAAGAAGUUAGCCACGGAACUGCACUCGGUCCGAAUCAAUGACGAUGAUGAGAUGGAGAUAUCUGACGAUGAGCGCGACUUCGAAAGGCGGGUGGGUGGCAAGCGUACCCGCUAUGAUAGCGACAGUCUCAAGGACGAGAACGACUCGCUGCGCUGCCAACUGGAGGCCAUUCGCCAUGAGAUGUCGCUGGAGCGCAGCGAUUAUGUGCAGCGCGAGAAGCAAAUCAAAGUCCUGCAGGAGACCAUACGCAACAUGCAGACCCAGCUGCUGCAGACCAAGCUGCGCGAGCAGAAGGACACCAAGCACAUUGAGCAGCUCGAGCGCAACCUCAAGGACGCGGGCGUCAAGCAGCUGCUGCUCAAGACCAAGAUCAAGCAAACGGCCGACAAGCUUAAGGACAAGGAAUCGCAGAGUGCGACUGCCUCGAAUGCGGACUACAGCAGCGGGGACUCGUGCAGCCAGGAGGCAGCAUCGGAGCUGAGGGUGCCACCACUGAGACAGCCAUCGGAGCUGGAAAUAAUUGACAUUGAUAAGGUGGACGACGAUGUGCGCAUCAUUGAGCACCAGAGCGGCGUAGUGGAGAUCCACGAGAUCGAGGACGAUGAGCGACAGGAGUCAGCAGAAGCCCACAAACCCAAAGAGUCAAUUACACUUACAGAAGAUCUGAGCCCCAAGGCAAGCACAGACGAAGCUCCAGCCCUGCCCAGUCAAGAGACAUGCACGUUUCAGCAAAACUUCAAAUCCCUGGCCCUGGCAGAGGCCAAGGUUAUAGCCUUGACCUCGGCCUAUCUGGUGCUGCAUCCCCAUGGCUUGGAGAUAGCCAGCAUUGCCAGCUACCUCCACGGAAUGCUCGACAGGAGCUCGGGACCCAGGAGCCACGAUGAUCUUGCCAGCAUACUCAAGAAGUACACAAAUCUCUUCAAGUCUGAACAGUCGGAAACCAGGUGGAAGUUCUGUGGGUUCCACUGUGAAACUGUAGAAACCCAGGUGGAAUAGACUGCGGAAGAAGCGCUCUAAUGCAGAACAUGAACAAUUGAAUGCUUUAAUUAUGCUACAAAAUAUGAUAAUGAUAAUGCUUAGGGUUAAGGAGCAAAAGUCAAGACAAGUUAACCAAAGAGAAGGAUGGAGACGGAGAUGGCCACGAAGACGGAGAGACUAUGCGAUACAAUCACAACUCAAUGAGAGACCAGUACUCGUAGUUAAGGAUUUAUCUAAAGGAAGACAAGACACCACAAACUAACUACCGUUUCAAUUAUUUAACAAUGCAAAAUAAAUAUAUACACCUAAGCUAAUUGAAUCUAUCAUAUACAGAAUAUAUAUAUAUAGUAUAUAUAUAAAUAUUAAAAUAUUUUAAAUAAGCUCAGAGGCAUCGGAGGCAGUAGAUGAUUAUGUGCAAAAAGGAGAAUGGAACCAAAUACAUUUUAUGCUAAA